GGGCUGGACGUCAAGUUUUGCCGCUAAAGUCGAAAUGGGUUAGUGGUGCGAGCUGAGCUGCAAAGGAGAGACGGAGAGAAGGCGAUAAACCACCCCCGGUUAUUGUGAUUAAAAAUGUUACUUGAAGCGGUUCGGUUUUAGAGACAGUUUAUAUAGCCUGUGGAGAGAGUCGGGCUGUGUUAAAGUUAGGCUCGGUCUGAGACUCGGAGAUCGGAGUAACGCGGGACCGCUGAGCUAGCCUGCUUUAGCUAACGUUAGUUAGUUUAGCCCGUUAGCCGGUUUUGGCGCUGACCGACUGGUUUAUGGAUUAAAUCUAAAGAAACGAUGAAGCGAUAACUCGAUAUUAUCCACCAACAUUUUAACUGGCGUUCAGAUUUCUACAUUUGAUUCUUUUUAACGGUCAUUUGAUUCCUGAACCGAUUCACUUUACAUUAGCUAGCUAUCAGUUCACGGUCGGUAGCUAAGUCAGUUAUCCAGCAGUUGUGAGUGUAAACCCGGGUCAAAAUGGGGAUUCAGGGGCUGCUGCAGUUUAUUAAAGACGCUUCAGAGCCCGUCCAUGUGAAGAAGUACCGGGGACAGACCGUGGCUGUGGACACUUACUGCUGGCUGCACAAAGGAGCGUUUUCCUGCGCUGAAAAGCUCGCUAAAGGAGAGCCCACUGACCAAUAUGUGUCCUACUGCAUGAAGUUUGUGGACAUGCUCCUGUCUUUUGGAGUCAAGCCAAUCUUGGUGUUUGAUGGACGGAACCUUCCAUCAAAGCAGGAAGUGGAGAAAGCGCGGCGAGAACGUCGUGAAGCGAACUUGCAGAAAGGGAAACAGCUGCUGCGGCAGGGGAAGCUGUCAGAAGCCAGAGACUGCUUUACUCGCUGUGUUAAUGUCACGCCCACCAUGGCCCAUGAAGUCAUUAAGGCUGCCAGGACACGCGGGGUGGACUGUGUUGUGGCCCCUUAUGAAGCCGAUGCCCAGCUGGCCUUCCUGAACAAAAGUGGAAUCGCUCAUGCCGUCAUCACAGAAGACUCAGACCUGCUGGCAUUCGGCUGCAAAAAGGUGUUAUUAAAGAUGGACAAGCAGGGGAACGGUCUGGAGAUUGACCAGUGCCACCUGGGACGCUGUCGGUCGCUGGGUGACAUCUUCACGGAGGAGAAGUUCCGCUACAUGUGCAUCCUGUCAGGCUGUGACUACCUGGCCUCGCUGUAUGGCAUCGGCCUGGGCAAGGCCUGCAAGCUGCUGAGAAUGGCCAACAACCCUGACAUCCUCAAGGUGAUCCGGAAGAUUGGUCAGUACCUGAAGAUGAACAUCACUGUGCCUGAAGAGUACGUCGAGGGCUUUGUGAAGGCCAACAAUACAUUCCUGUACCAGCUUGUGUUUGACCCCAUUAAUAGGAAAGUCGUGCCCCUAAACCCCUACCCUGAGAACAUCGAUCUGUCCACGCUCAGCUACGCUGGAGUGAAUGUCGGGGAUAAGCAAGGUCUGCAAAUGGCUCUUGGAAAUGUGGAUAUAUACACUAUGAAGAGAAUCGAUAAUUUUGACCCGGAUGCUCCACCAGCACAGCCUAUCAAAGCACCACGCAGUCGAGGCUGGAACGAUAAGUGUGAGGUUCAAAGCCCAGCCCGUGGCAGCAUCUGGAACAGGGGUUACCUGCCAAGCUCCUCCCAGCCUCAGAUACCGUCCUCCCCUGACAGACCUUCUCCUACCCGGGGAAAAGAGAGGCUCGUUACAGUGAAGGGCCUAAAGCUCUCCAGCAGAGAGCCACAGGUCAAAAGACCUCGUGAAGAGUCAGAAACCUCUGAAGUGGACAUUUUGGAGCAGUACUCGAUUAGUCCAAAGAGGCAGUGCAGAUCAGAGCCUGCUCGACAAGCUCCAAUCACUGUUGAAGUGGACUGCAGUACAUCCAAGGACACCAAUUCCAGCAUGGUUUCCAGCAAGCCUCGACCUCGUAACCGUUUUGCCACGCUGCUGCAGUGGAGGAACCAAUCAGAUGGGAACGAUGGAGAGCAGGGAACACGCAGCAGAUUCUUUGGUAGCGUUAAUGAUUCGGGAGCUGAAUCUCAGGAGCAGAAGUCCUCUGUGAAGGAAGAAUCAUCCAGUUCUAAGAAAACAGAUGACAUGCCCUUACCAGCCAAAGACCUAGUAUUGAAGAAUGAGACUGUAGACCCACUUACUGAACCCUCCAGCUUUUCACCUUCCCCUUCCCCUCCUCCUGGCCAUGCCAGCAUGGGCCUCAGUGCCUUUAAGUGGUCCAGUAGCACUGGAGGACAUUCCAGCAGUGUUUCAGCAGCAGCUUCAUCUGCCACUACAGACUGCCGAAGGACGCCCAGCACUCCCUCAGGCCUUUCAGCCCUACGCCAGUUCCAGAGAAAAAAGGAUACUCUAUCCUGGGGAGAAUCAUCCCAGCGCUCCCAAUCGUCCUCUCCUGUAGAGGGCGCUGCCGACAUAGAAAGUCCUCCUGGUUCUCCUCCCUCUCAAGACAGUGCUUACUUCUCUCAACCCAGCAGCAACCCCUCUAGUGUGGAGGAUUAUUCACCAACCACAAGUCAUCAGGUCAUUGGAGACUCACCUGAAAAGGAGACAGAUCAUUGGAAAGGUUGCGAUACUUCAGCGAUUCCCAGCAACUCCCCUGUAGAGGAGGUCAAAUGUACACCCAUGAGAUCAAAGGUGUCAGGUCUACCCCGCACGCGGCCCAGUGAGCAGGAUAAAGGUGUGAAGAUCAAACCUUCUGCCCCAGCCAGGGUGAGCGGCUUGAGAAAGAAGACUGGCACUCUGGGCAAGAAGGGAGCCGUUACAAACGAGAACAACCCAGGACUGCAGGCCACCAUCAGCGGCCUCUGGAAGAACUUCGGCUUUAAAAAGGAAAGCUCAAUGUUAAGCCCAAGUAAGAAAGGGAAGCCCAUGUCACCAGUGAAGGACAACGUGUAGAAGAACAGACCUUGAUGGAACAAACACCUCCACUUCCAGCUGUGGCCAGUUUGCCAGAUGUGCUGAUACUAUUGGAAGCUGGUGACUCUCUGUAACAACAGCUGAUCUUUAGAAACACUGGGCUUGGAUUACAUACCUGCUGUAAUACUCUUUAAACAUACUAUGUAUGUUCAUGUCUUAAUAUGGUUUUAGUUCAAUAAAUAUAAAAUAAAUCAGUUUAAAUAAA